CGCGUAUCAACAACGACUCGUCUCUGCCAGUGCCCUUUGCUAAGCUCCACUGCCCCUGCGAUUGUCGACUCUGGACCUCCUCAACGGCUUAUCAAGCUCGAGAAAUAGUAUUCACUCGCCAAGCGUUGCCUCAUAUUUGACACAUGUGACCAGUCUCCUUGCGCAACGUUCUUUGUGUAAACAUUCAGGCUCAUUAGACGCAACACGAAACAACAACAUCAAUAAAUUCUGUCAAUCAAAGCAGCCUACCUGCACAUGCUGUUCCGUUUGUUUUGGAGCCACACUCAAGCUUUGCACAGAUUUCUCCUCUUACUUACUCGUUGCUUUUGUUCUUGCAUUUUACGGCGACUAUGCGCCCAGCCUAGUUGACAUUGACAAAGCUGAAACCUGCUCGAAGUAUCUGCGGCGCACAACAUCGCCAUGUUUUCAUGGUUGACAGGCUCCAAGCUGGUGGAGAACCCGUCAGAGAAUGUUGACGACACGUGCCUUGAGCCUCCCGAAACACCUGCGCCCGUAUUUGCAGUGCGAGCUAUGAAACACGCGAUAUGGGGCACUCCGCAAGCCCUUACUACGGUUGAUUCAACACGACUUUCCAAGAAGCGAAAGGCACCUGGGAAGACCGAGGCAAAGUGUACAACGGAUUUCGGCGCACUUGGGGACACAAAUAUGAGCAAUUAUUCGCCUACGAAAGCGGGUAUUCUGAUGACCCCAGGAACAGUGCGUGGCAAGAAGAAGGAAGUUACAUUUGGCGCGCAGGUUGUGGACAAUGAAAACAAAAGGCCUAGUCGGUCUGGUUUGCCUCACGACUUUCCUGGCAAGUUCCCCAGCCCAUGGACGCCGAAGUUAACAGAGAAGAGUGGGGCUCAAUUCCCUAAGAAUAACUUAAACAAUGCUCUGUAUGAAGCUAAAGCUACUGGCACGACGCUGAGGCGACAGAAAGGUCGUGCGAAGGAUGACGCGGAUAUUACUAUUGACAUCAUGGAGCCGAGAUCAGAGUCUGGACGACAUUGGAAGGAACAAUACUUAAUGUAUCAAAAACAGUCGGAGGAGCAUAUCAAUAAGCUCACUGCCAAGUAUAAGCUUUGCAAAGAGCACGCAAAGAAAAAGGAUGAAGAAGCAAAUGAGUUCAAACGCCAGUUGGAAAGCAUCAGCAAACGACAUCGAGCUCGAGAGAAGGAGCUGGAGAAGCAGAUCAAGGAGCUUCGUGAGCAGCUAAGGCUACAGAUGGCUGAGAAUAUGAAAACAUCGACUGAAAUUUCGGUGUUGCGAAGCAAAACUGGAGAUGUCACGGCAAAACCGAGCACGGAAAAGCUCAAGCAAGCCUUGCUUAAAUUGGAGGCCAGCGAUGAUGCAUUAGUUCGAGUAAAUGAGCGGCCCGAGGACGAGGAGGAGGAUCACGCAAUGACGCGAGCAUACUUGCAAGCUGCCGUCGUUCAGACUCGUGGUGAACAUGCAAGGCACAGCCGAGGCAACAAGGAGUGGCGACUAGCGUGCAAAACCGAAUCAGUGGCACGUCAAGACUCAGUGGUUACCCCGAGCUCGCACUUCGAGAUGGGAGUCUCAGAUUUGGAGCAGAGUCCGACACCACGUCCUAGCGCAGAUGCUAGGAAGCCGCUUCGUCGCAUUCUCGCUGACAUGAGCCCAAACAUCCCCUCAAGCCCACCGAUGCCAAGUUUCUUCUCCGAAUCUGAUCACGAGAGAAUAAUGGCGCAAAUUUCAAAGCCAUCGAACGAUAUCAAGCAUGGUGUGCCUAAUGGACAUUCACCAACGCAUCGAGAAGCGAUGGCAGAGGCAGCGGCUUCUCUUGCACAUCAUCACGAUAUUGGAAAUCUUGAGGAUAUAGCGCCAAUGUCGAAACUCAGUUUGCAGACCCAAAGGCCUGUUACGACACGCAAACACACUGCAAUGCCAAAAGGCAGUCUUGAUAUCCCGAAUGGAAAGCAUAAACGAUCUGAUGCAGCCUCAGCUAUCGCAGUUUCCACUGGUCUGAGCGAAGUAAGGGCAAAGGCUGCUCAGGCGCGAUUAGAAGCGAGGCGUGCUAAGAGACAUUCGAGGCUACGAUAAUUGUCUUGGCUAUUAGUUUUGCUUAGAAAAGUUCGCAUCCCUUAAUUGACUGGGUACGAUUGACGAAUACAAUACGGUGAAAUUGGACAAUCAUUAAGGCGUAGCGAUAGUUCUUAGUCUCUUCAAUUUAACCUUUUU